AUGACAACAGCAGCUCGGCCAACUUUUGAACCUGCUAGAGGCGGGAGAGGAAAAGGAGAAGGUGAUUUGAGCCAACUCUCAAAGCAGUAUUCAAGUAGAGACCUACCCUCUCAUACAAAGAUAAAAUAUAGACAGACCACUCAGGAUGCCCCUGAAGAGGUUCGGAACCGUGACUUCCGAAGAGAAUUAGAAGAGAGAGAGAGAGUUGCUGCAAGAGAAAAGAAUAGAGAUCGUCCAACUCGAGAACAUACAACCUCCUCUUCGGUGUCAAAGAAGCCUCGGCUAGACCAGAUUCCUGCUGCCAACCUCGAUGCAGAUGACCCUCUAACAGAUGAGGAAGAUGAAGAUGAAGAUUUUGAAGAAGAGAGUGAUGACGAUGAUACUGCAGCUCUUCUUGCAGAACUAGAAAAAAUUAAAAAAGAAAGAGCCGAAGAGCAAGCCAGGAAGGAACAAGAACAAAAAGCUGAAGAAGAAAGGAUUCGUAUGGAAAACAUUCUGAGUGGAAACCCUCUCCUUAAUCUCACUGGCCCAUCCCAGCCUCAGGCCAACUUCAAAGUUAAAAGAAGGUGGGAUGAUGAUGUUGUUUUCAAGAACUGUGCAAAAGGUGUGGAUGACCAGAAGAAAGACAAAAGAUUUGUUAAUGAUACGCUGCGAUCUGAAUUUCACAAAAAGUUCAUGGAGAAAUAUAUUAAAUAG